CCUAUGUUCCCAUGGGGCAACAUGCCCAUCACUGAGGCUGAUCCUGAUGUCGCGGACCUCAUUGAGAAGGAGAAGAACCGUCAGUGGAGAGGACUUGAGUUGAUUGCCUCCGAGAACUUCACCUCCCAGGCUGUGAUGGAGGCCAACGGCUCUUGCUUCACCAACAAGUACUCUGAGGGUCUUCCCGGUGCCAGGUACUACGGAGGAAACGAGAACGUCGACAAGAUCGAGAGGCUGUGCCAGGACAGGGCCUUAGCUGCCUUUGGAUUGAAGCCUGAGGAGUGGGGGGUCAACGUUCAGCCAUACUCCGGCUCUCCUGCCAACUUCGCCGUGUACACUGCCCUCUUGCGCCCCCACGAUCGUAUCAUGGGUCUCGAUCUCCCCCAUGGAGGACAUUUGACUCACGGGUUCUACACCGCCAAGAAGCGUAUCUCAGCGUCGUCGAUCUACUUCGAGUCCCUUCCUUACAGGUUGGACGAGAAGACUGGAUACAUCGACUACGACAGGUUGGAGGAGCAGGCCAUGCUCUUCAAGCCCAGGAUUAUCAUCGCUGGAGGCUCCGCCUACCCCCGGGACUGGGACUACCAGAGGUUCAGGGACAUCUGCGACAAGGUUGGCGCUUACAUGAUGAUGGACAUGGCACACAUCUCCGGUCUUGUCGCUGCUGGAGAGCAGAAGUCACCCUUUGCCUUGGCCGACAUUGUCACCUCCACGACCCACAAGUCGCUCCGCGGUCCGCGCUCGGGCAUCAUCUUCUUCAGGAGGGGCAAGAACGCCAAGACUGGAGAGGACUACAACUUUGAGACCGACAUCAACCAGGCUGUCUUCCCUGCGCUCCAGGGUGGACCUCACAACCACACCAUCGCUGCCUUGUGUGUUGCCCUCAAGCAGGUCAACUCCCCCGAGUUCAAGAACUACGCCCAGCAGAUCCGCAAGAACGCUCAGGCCAUGGCCAAGCGCCUCAUGGAGCACGGACACACUUUGAUCUCCAACGGCACUGAGAACCAUCUCAUCCUCCUCGACCUUCGCCCUCACGGCCUCACCGGGUCCAAGGCCGAGAAGGUCUUCGAGUUGUCUUCCAUCACUCUCAACAAGAACGCCGUUGCUGGCGACACCAGCGCCCUGAUGCCUGGAGGUAUCCGCAUCGGCACCCCGGCCUUGACCUCCCGCGGCUUCCUCGAGGAGGACUUCAUCAAGGUUGCUGACCUCAUCCACGAGGGCAUUCAGAUCUGCAUCAAGGUGCAGGAGAAGUCUGGCAAGGCUCUCAAGGACUUCAUCCCGGCCCUUGAAGGAAAUCCCGACAUUGCUGCCCUCAAGCAGAAGGCCGAGCAGUUGGCCACCAGCAAGCCCAUGCCUGGAUUUGACGUCAAGACCAUGAAGUACCCAACUUUGUAAAUGUAAGUGUGGAAUUCGCUCUAGUAAGACAAUCAUAAAAAUUCUUUAUCAU